AGGCUGCAGUUUGCUACAGAGGAACUCAAAGUACAGAGACAGCCUCAGUUCUUUCCACGAAGAGCUGACUGAUAUUUGAAGAAGUGUUUUCAUCUAUCCAAGAAAAAUAUGAUGUCUCCAUCCCAAGCCUCACUCUUAUUCUUAAAUGUAUGUAUUUUUAUUUGUGGAGAAGCUGUACAAGGUAACUGUGUACAUCAUUCUACGGACUCUUCAGUAGUUAACAUUGUAGAAGAUGGAUCUAAUGCAAAAGAUGAAAGUAAAAGUAAUGAUACUGUUUGUAAGGAAGACUGUGAGGAAUCAUGUGAUGUUAAAACUAAAAUUACACGAGAAGAAAAACAUUUCAUGUGUAGAAAUUUGCAAAAUUCUAUUGUUUCCUACACAAGAAGUACCAAAAAACUACUAAGGAAUAUGAUGGAUGAGCAACAAGCUUCCUUGGAUUAUUUAUCUAAUCAGGUUAACGAGCUCAUGAACAGAGUUCUGCUUUUGACUACAGAAGUUUUUAGAAAACAGCUGGAUCCUUUUCCUCACAGACCUGUUCAGUCACAUGGUUUAGAUUGCACUGAUAUUAAGGAUACCAUUGGCUCUGUCACCAAAACACCAAGUGGUUUAUACAUAAUUCACCCAGAAGGAUCUAGCUACCCAUUUGAGGUAAUGUGUGACAUGGAUUACAGAGGAGGUGGAUGGACUGUGAUACAGAAAAGAAUUGAUGGGAUAAUUGAUUUCCAAAGGUUGUGGUGUGAUUAUCUGGAUGGAUUUGGAGAUCUUUUAGGAGAAUUUUGGCUAGGACUGAAAAAGAUCUUUUAUAUAGUAAAUCAGAAAAAUACCAGUUUUAUGCUGUAUGUGGCUUUGGAAUCUGAAGAUGACACUCUUGCUUAUGCAUCAUAUGAUAAUUUUUGGCUAGAGGAUGAAACGAGAUUUUUUAAAAUGCACUUAGGACGGUAUUCAGGAAAUGCUGGUGAUGCAUUCCGGGGUCUCAAAAAAGAAGAUAAUCAAAAUGCAAUGCCUUUUAGCACAUCAGAUGUUGAUAAUGAUGGGUGUCGCCCUGCAUGCCUGGUCAAUGGUCAGUCUGUGAAGAGCUGCAGUCACCUCCAUAACAAGACUGGCUGGUGGUUUAACGAGUGUGGUCUAGCAAAUCUAAAUGGCAUUCAUCACUUCUCUGGAAAAUUGCUUGCAACUGGAAUUCGAUGGGGCACAUGGACCAAAAACAACUCACCUGUCAAGAUUAAAUCUGUUUCAAUGAAAAUUAGAAGAAUGUACAAUCCAUAUUUUAAAUAAUCUCAUUUAACAUUGUAAUGCAAGUUCUACAAUGAUAAUAUAUUAAAGAUUUUUAAAAGUUUAUCUUUUCACUUAGUGUUUCAAACAUAUUAGGCAAAAUUUAACUGUAGAUGGCAUUUAGAUGUUAUGAGUUUAAUUAGAAAACUUCAAUUUUGUAGUAUUCUAUAAAAGAAAACAUGGCUUUUUGUAUGUUUUUACUUCUGACUAUAUUAACAAUAUACAAUGAAAUUUGUUUCAAGUGAACUACAACUUGUCUUCCUAAAAUUUAUAGUGAUUUUAAAGGAUUUUGCCUUUUCUUUGAAGCAUUUUUAAACCAUAAUAUGUUGUAAGGAAAAUUGAAGAGAAUAUUUUACUUAUUUUUAUACUUUAUAUGAUUAUAUAAUCUACAGAUAAUUUCUACUGAAGACAGUUACAAUAAAUAACUUUUAUGCAGAUUAAUAUAUAAGCUACACAUGAUGUAAAAACCUUACUAUUUCUAGGUGAUGCCAUACCAUUUUAAAAGUAGUAAGAGUUUGCUGCCCAAAUAGUUUUUCUUGUUUUCAUAUCUAAUCAUGGUUAACUAUUUUGUUAUUGUUUGUAAUAAAUAUACUGUACUUUUAUAUCCUGA